AUGAACAGGAAAGGCAUAGCCAUAGCCCUGGCUGUGAUCAUCUGGGCCACAACCACUCAAGGCUUCGUUAUGUUCAAAGGGGGGCGCUGUCUUUGCAUCGGCCCCGGAGUGAAAGCAGUCAAAUUGGCAGCGAUUGAGAAAGCUUCCGUCAUUUACCCGAGUAACGGCUGUGACAAAGUUGAAGUGAUUGUUACCCUGAAGGCUCAUAAAGGACAAAAGUGCCUGGACCCCAGAUCCAAGCAAGCUCGCCUCAUAAUGCAGACCAUAGAAAAAAAGAAUAUUUUCAAGCGCCAGAACAUGUGA